CGGGGCGCCGCCGUCCGCCGCGGCUCUGGCCGCCGCGCCCAUGGCCCAGCGGGCGCCGAGGGGGCUGGGGCAGGACGAGGAGGAUGGAGCGGAGGAGGAGGAAGCGGCGAGGGGCAGCCAGGCGCGGGCCAGGAGCCAUGCGGAGCCCGCGGCGAGCGGCGGCAGCAGGACCCAGGACCGGCAUGAAAGGAAGCGGAAGAGGCAGGAGGAGCAGCAGCUUCAGAAGAUCCAGCACCUGGAGUCUUUCUAUGAGAAACCUCCCCCUGGGCUAAUUAAGGAGAACGAAACAAAACCAGAAGAUUGCAUACCUGAUGUACCAGGCAAUGAAAGCGCACGAGAAUUCCUGGCACAUGCCCCAACAAAAGGGCUUUGGAUGCCUUUGGGAAAAGAAGUCAAAGUUAUGCAGUGUUGGAGAUGUAAACGUUAUGGACACAGAACAGGAGAUAAGGAAUGCCCAUUCUUUAUUAAAGGCAAUCAGAAAUUGGAACAAUUUAGAGUAGCACAUGAAGAUCCAAUGUAUGAUAUAAUAAGGGAAAAUAAGCGUCAUGAAAAAGAAAAGAGGAUACAGCAAUUGAAGCAGCUCCUGGAGGACUCUACCUCAGAAUCUGAUAGCAGUGAUGAGGAUGAUGAAGAUGGCAGCAGCUCCACUUCCUCAGAACAUAAACACAAGAAGAAAAAGAGAAAAAAGGAAAAGAAAAAAAAAGAAAAGAAGAAGAAGAAAAAGAAGAAGCGUAAAUCAUCCAAAUCUAAUGACAAGUCAGAAUCUGACUGACAGCAGGCACCUGCUGCAUGCUCACUGACCUCUCUACUUGUGAACUGCAAAGAAAGAUCCAAAGAAUGAGGAGGAAAACACCAGAAAGGGCUUUAUUAAACUUGGAACAUACUUGUGUAUGCAUACAGCAUCCUUCACUGGCAUCCUCUUCUGUCCCUCUGCAGUCAGAAAGAAGAAAGCUGCAUUAAACCAUAUCUUUGUGCUGUAAAACCCAUACAGAGAGUCAGCCAGCUUGGUCAGAUGGGGCUCUGCAUUGCUGCCCAUUACCAGCAGCAGAAAGUGGCAACCACAAAGGGAUCACCAACAAACCUGCAACAUUAGCAGACUGUCUGUUGAGGUGUCUUUAUUCCAUGAAGAUAUUUUAUUAUAUACAAAGCCUCAUUGUAACAGAACUGCAGUUUGCACCAUGCAGAGCACUGAGAGUUCCCUUAGAGUGCUUAUAAUGAGCAGGUUAUACUGCAUUUUCUUCUCUGCAUACAUGCUGAAAUUCUGUGUACAUAUCUUAAUAUUGGCAGCUAAGGAAAUAAAGAGUACUGCUGCAGGGGAAAAGUAGUAAUCAAGGGGAUUUACUUUAAGACAAAAUUGCAGCAUCAGCAAGACUUAAUUUUAUGUGUGUGUAUGUGUGUAACAAAAUAUCAACAUCAUUACCAUUAAUAUACAGUUCUGAAACAUCUAAAGUGAAACAUCUACAGUGUCUAAAUCAUAGAAGUAAGAGCCAAGUAUAAUGAUGUUAGAUAUUCAACUUAACUGCAAAGAGAUGGUGAGUUUAGUUAUUUAAAAAGGGAGGUUUCACAUAAGAAAUUAAAAAUACUAAUUUCUGCAUAUUCUUCCGUAUCAGUUGUUUUGAUACAAGUUAAGGGAGAUUUCCUUUUUAAGAGGCUUGGGUUUAAUAAAUUCCCACUUACUUUUUAUGUUUACUCAA